UCCCGAUCCCGCUCCCGGUCCCGAUCCCGCUCCCGAUCCCGCUCCCGCUCCCGCUCCCGCUCCCCAUCCCGGUCCCGCUCCCCAUGCUGCGCUGGCUGAUCGGCGGCGGCCGGGAGCCGCAGGGCUUGGCCGAGAAAUCCUCUGUACAGACAAUUGGUGAAGAGCAAAUACAGAAUCCUUACACGGAGCUCCUUGUGUUGAAAGGCCAUCAAGAUAUAGUACGAUUUCUAGUGCAAAUAGAUGAUUACAGGUUUGCAUCUGCAGGAGAUGAUGGAAUCAUAUUUCUGUGGAAUGCUCAGACUGGAGAAAAACUUCAUGAACUUCAUGGACACACACACAAAAUUACAGCUAUAGCACCAUUUGCUUCAUCAGAUGCUACAGAAGAAAAAACAAAUUUGAUUAUAACAGCAUCAGCUGAUAGAACAGUUAUUGUUUGGGACUGCACUAGUGGCAGACAGGUUCAGAAAGUGUCAAGUUUCCAUUCUACUGUAAAGUGUUUGACAGUUCUUCAAAGACUGAAUGUAUGGUUGUCUGGAGGGAGUGAUCUAUGUGUUUGGAACCGAAAAUUAGAUCUCUUGUGUAAGACCAGUCAUCUUACUGAUGCAGGCAUCAGCGCUUUGGUUGAAUUGCCCAAAAAUUGUGUCGCUGCAGCAGUUGGCAAAGAGCUAAUAAUUUUUAGGCUGAGUUCUUCUAACAAUGGGUCUGAAGGUUGGAAUAUUGUUGAAGUAAAGCGCCUUGUUGACCAUCAGGAUAAUAUUUCAUCAUUAGUCAGUGUUAAUGAUUUGACUUUUGUGACAGGUUCUCACAUAGGUGAGUUAAUAGUUUGGGAUGCGCUUGACUGGACAAAGCUGGCAUCUGAGUGCAACUUCUGGGACUCCUCUGUCCAUCCAGAUGUACAACCAGAAAUAAAGUUAUCCCAAAGCCCUCAUGAAACUUCAGUUCAACACUUAACAUCUGAUGAGGAGUGUGUGUUUGCUGCUGUUGGGAAAGGCAUAUACGUAUAUAAUCUUCAAAUGAAGCGUGUGAUUGCCUGCCAGAGAACUGCUCACGACUCCUCUGUGCUGCACAUUGAGAAGCUUCCAAACAGGCAGCUGAUCUCCUGUUCAGAAGAUGGCAGUGUGCGCAUUUGGGAACUCAGAGAAAAGCAGCAGCUGCCAGCUGAACCAGUUCCAACAGGGUUUUUCAACAUGUGGGGAUUUGGAAGAGCAAACAAGCAGGCAAACCAAGCUGCUAAGAAGAUGCAGGAGAAUACACCUGUGUAUUUCUUGGAGCUAGUUGGUGAUUUGAUUGGUCAUUCUUCAGCUGUGCAGAUGUUCCUGUACUUUGGUGAACUGGGAUUGGCUACAUGCUCUGCUGACCACCUCAUUAUUUUGUGGAAGGAUGGUGAACGAGAAUCUAGCCUCCGCAGUUUAACAUUAUUUAAAAAAUUGGCACAAAAUGGUGAUUUGCAGCUCAGACUUUAAAUUGUUUGAAUACAAACUGUAUACAGGCUGUAUAUAUAUAUU